AUGCUUAAUCUCUCGGGGAAAAUUGCAAUCGUUAUUGGUCUCGGCCAGACAGAGUCCGACUUAGACCCAGACUGCUGGGGCAUUGGCGCUGCGUGCGCUGUGCAGCUUGCACGACAGGGCGCCAUCAUAUUUGGCGGCAACCGAACAGUCACUUCCACAUUGAAAACACAAAGAGCCAUUAAAGAUCUAGGCGGCCAAUGCCAUGUGCAGGAAACAGACGCCACCUCGUCCGAGUCGGUCAAGUCUCUUGUCGACGCCUGUCUCGCUCAGCAUGGCCGCAUCGACAUUCUCAUCGCCAAUGUAGGCUACUCCCAGCCUGGCAACGCAGCAACAAUAUCCGAAGACGUGUGGGACGCGCAAAUCAACAUCAACCUCAAGACAGCCUACCUCGCAUGCCAUCAUAUGCUCCCCGUCAUGGAAGCGCAGUCCAGCGGGGGUGCCGUCGUCUGCGUCUCGAGUAUUGCCGGUCUGCGCUACAUUGGCAAGGACCAGAUUGCGUACAACACGGCCAAGGCAGGCCUAUUGCAGUUUGUCAAGGCCUCGGCAGUCAGCUUUGCAAGGAAAAGCGUCCGCUUGAACGCGGUGGUCCCAGGACUGGUUGAGACGCCGUACACGCGGACCAUGGCGGAGCGCUAUCCCCCGCCCGGCGGUGGUGGAUAUGAAGAGUUGCGGAAGCUUCGCGAUGAGCAGGUGCCGACUGGUCGCAUGGGCACUGCGUGGGAUGUGGCCAAUGCCACUGUAUUUCUGGUGUCGGACGAAGCGAGAUACAUUACGGGACAGGAGUUGAUUGUGGAUGGUGGUAUAACAAGCUCAACAGGCAGAACUUAG